UAUCGACAUUAAUACAUCACUAUUUUCAUCGACAUUUUCAUAAAAUUGUUUUUUUAAUACAAGUGAGAGAUAAAAAGGCUUGGAAGGAAUGAAAUAUAGAUGAAAAGAAGGGAAAUGGCAGGUGGAUUUUCGCGGGAAAAUGAUGAUUUUGCCAUCAAUUACCAACCACUGUCGUCCCAAGUCGCUAUCACCACCACAAACCAACUAACAUUUUUCAAUCAAUCCAUCCUUAGAACCCAAGUUACUGCAACCCUUCAACUCCCUUCCUAUUCCUUUUUUCACCAAUCAACUCUUCUUCUUUCAUUCCCUUCUUCAUCUUCUCCAACACCAUUUUCCUCCCUUCAUUAAUUUCCCAUCUCAAUCCCUCCUUCAAAACCCCUUCUCCUAAUGGCAAAAUGGGGUUUUCUUAUAUCCCUUCCCAAAUGUGUUGUUGGAUUCUGUUUUUUACUCCAUGUUUUGAACCUGCAGACACCGCCCGUGGUGGCCGAUGAUGAAGAUGAUGAUUACGUUGCAGUAGAUAGCAGCGGCUACAGCGGUUAUAGCGGCGGUGUAUCGGAGCAAUGUGAUACUGAUUUGAGAAGCUUUCUUCCACCACCAUAUGGUAAUUUAACCAAUGUCGUCUGCAAACCCAUCUGGAAUACAUUUGUAUUACGGUAUACACAAAAUGAAGAGAAUGUAAUGAACAUCAUUGUAUCAGCUUUAUACACAACAGGGUGGGUAGGGAUUGGGUUUUCAAGAGAUGGGAUGAUGGUGGGAUCAAGUGCAAUGGUGGGAUGGGUAAACAAGAAAGGCCAUGCAAGAAUCCACCAAUAUUACUUGCAAGGAAGAAAACAAUCAGAAGUAAUUCAAGACAAAGGAGAAUUGCCACUUACUAAUGUUCCUUCCUCAGUUGUAUUGCAUGGUGCCACCAUUUACUUGGCAUUUCAGCUCAAAUUCAGUGUCAUGGUUUCUCAGCAACCAAUCCUCUUGGCUUUUGGGAAUGCUUAUCCUAGACAUAAUCACUUGACUACUCACAGUGAUAAAACUGCUGUUGUUUUUGACUUCUCUGCAGGUUCCAAGUCUUCAGCAGCAGCAGUAGGCAGUGACAUUGAACAGACAAAGAAAAACCAUGGUGUAUUGGGGAUCAUUGGAUGGGGUCUCAUCCUUCCAGUUGGGGCAAUCAUUCCUAGAUACUUCAGACAUAAGGAUCCUCUUUGGUACUAUCUUCAUUCAGUAAUUCAGUUUGUGGGCUUUGCCAUUGGACUUACUACUGUUGUACUUGGAAGACAACUUUACAACAAAAUUAAUGCCAAUGUACCAACUCAUAGAGGCAUUGGUAUCUUUGUUCUUGUAUUCAGCAUUCUUCAGGUGCUGGCAUUCUUUUUGAGACCCAACAAGGAAGCUAAAAUCAGAAAGUACUGGAAUUGGUAUCACCAUUGGUUUGGAAGGAUUGCUCUGUUUUUUGGAGCAUUGAAUAUAGUGUUGGGAAUUCAAAUUGGAGGAGCAGGAAAUGAAUGGAAAGUAGGCUAUGGGUUUCUUCUUAGCAUAAUACUUAUUGCAGUGAUUGUUUUGGAAGCAUUGGCAUGGAUGAAAAGAUCAGAUAAAGCUGCCAUGAAUUCAUUUCAAAUGAAUCCAGUACCAUAAUUAAGCAUUGUUUGGAUAUCUCAUUUUCAGGUCUGUUCUUUCUCUUACUAAUCUACUGUCUUUAAAUAAGAGUAUAUUUUACUAUUUACUGUUUAAAACUAACCUCAUGGUGAAGCUAAAUCUGCAUUCUCAGACUUAACAGAAGAUUGGUUUCAUUGGGUUUUCAUUGAGGGCUGGAUCCUUGUAGUAUGCUGAGUUCUUCUAUAUUAAGCAGAAGCCUUUCAACGACGAAGCUCUCUCGAUGAUUGAUCAUGAUUACAUUAGCUCAUAUGUUUGGCAAUUGAUGGUGUUUGUUAUCCCAACUGCAAGUUUUUGGAGUGCUGAAUCAUUUGCAGGAUGAAGAAGCCCUUGUAUUGUUAACUCUGUUUCAAAGUAUAUUCAGACAAUGCAUUUUUGUAAAGUAUGGAAACAGAUAUUUCUUUGUGAUUGUCUAUCAAUCAUCAAUGCUGCUUA